AUGUCAAGAUGCAGAAGGCUGUUCAUUGGCUCUUCUCGCUCAUAUGUACAAAAGGUUUAUGCUUAUGCAAUUGCGGUAUUUGAACAGCACAGCGGAGGAAGAAGGACGAGGGUGCUUGACUUCAUUCUUUUAAAACGACCAGGAAUGCUUUCCGCUGCCGCUGGAUACAGGAAGACGGAUGAGAAGCGAGUUAGAGUGAUGCUAGAGAAGGAUAGUAAUUCAUUGGUCAAAACGAAAGGUAAGGGAAAAGGUCGAGGUGCCACUCUCAAUUUAGGUGGUGUAAUUUUGCAAGUGCGAGAUAAUAAUUUUUCCACGGCUGUUUGCAGGAUUGCAUCAAGUUUAGAGAGUCAAUCGAUGGCUACCCAUAUAUUCUUCAAACGAAGAAACUUUAGUCUACGGGGGGCGUAUAAUAAUUUGAGACUCUCUCAUCCGCUCAUCAUUCAUGUAAACUUAGAUCUAGAAGACGAAGUAAUGCAGGCGGGUAAAGAAUUUCAUUUAUUGAGAUCAGUCAAUAUCUCAUUGUUCUGCCCAAGUGGAAAUGGCCAGCCAGUCAAGCUAGCAAGACAAGCAAGACAAGCAAGACAAGCAAGACAAGCAAGACAAGCAAGACAAGCGCAACUCUUAAACCUGUGA